GCCCUAUUCGGUCUGCACAGUUCCAUCCCGUAAUAUGCUGCUGAUCUGGGACAAUCCCCAGCUGUACGUGAGCACCCUCCUCCCCAAGUGGCCCAUAGAAGCACAGGGCUCUCGGAGAAUGGAGCAAGAGGCACAACAGCCUUCCAGAUAACUGCAGAAUAAAAAGUAUAAGACGACACAACAUGUUGUUAGAGAAACCCCCCCUACAUUUAAACAAAUGCAGGGUUUCACCUGGUAACACUAAGUCACGGUGCUUAAACUCCCAAAAUAACGUUGACAAAAGCACUGUGGGGAAGGGGAGCUAUUUGGCAUGCUCUGUACUGCCGUGCUGCACAGAGCGCAAAGGCGCUAUGUCAUAUAAUAAUCGGUCCUGACCACACCUAGUGCAUUAGUCCUCGUGUGGGCUGCAAACACAACCUCAUUAUUCCUGGCUCCCGGACGAGCAGAUCAGAAAGGGAUCAAACUACAGCACAAACCGCUUAGAAGCCAGAAAUUCAAGGGACAGCUGCAGAACAAAACUAGUGAGAGAAAUAGGAACUUUACGAAGUAGAGCCCACCAUCUGCCCGGCCUGGGGAGGAGGACGGCAGCAGCCAGCCCCAGAAACCCUACCUGCCACCGUGCUGGGGUGAACCAUGCCCGACUCCUUCGCCAUUCACUUCCUCAAGGUGCUGAAGGAGCUGCUGGCCUUCGUGCUCUUCAGUUACACCGUGCUGGUCGGGGCGCUGCUGCUGGCCGGCUGGACCACCUACUUCUUGGUGCUUAAAUGAGAGAUUUUCUUCUGCUCUGACAGCAGCAGGCUGGGCAGAGGCACCAGGCUCCUCUGGGAUGGCAGUCCCUUCCUCCUGCCCCGACUCUGCAAGCGUUUGGUUUCGUUACUGCCUAAUCACAAUCUUAUUUUCUUAUGU